CACUCUUAUUCCUGACAUGUUUGUCAACUUAGGGACACUGAUUUGAUCAAUUCUGAGUGAUUGUGUUUAGAUAACAAACUUAGAUUUUAGCUGAACUUUACAAAAACUUCUUCUAUAUAAAGAGAAUCUAGAAAAUACUAUUGUAAAUGUACUGAUGUUAUUUUACAUUUUAGAAAUAUUGUUCCCAAUGAUUCAGACCCCUAUACUAUAACCUAAGUACUUUAUAUGUUAUUGUAUAUGCUUAAUUUUUUACAUUUAUGUUUUAUUUGUCCUAUGUUUAAAAUUUGGUGGGAUUUUUUUUAGGUGAAGGAACUGUUUUAUUGAAAGAGAUAUUUGAAAAGAUUUAAAGAACCCUGGUUUAUGUUGGUGCCGAUAACCUGCCUUAUUCUUCUCAUACAAACAGCGUUCCAAUUCAUAUCCUAAUGGAAAACGUGACAUUUAAUAGUCUCGUUCUACAGCUGGAGGGUCUGGUUGUACCUGAGCAGUUCUUGUAUCCUACAUUCUUUUUCUUCCUAAUUUUCUAUAUUCUGAUUAUGUUCACUAAUAUUGGAAUUGUUGUGAUGAUAGUAAUGGAAAGACAUUUACACGAACCGAUGUACAUUCUCUUCUGUAAUCUCCCCUUUAACGAUGUGAUUGGAAACUCGAUCACGAUCCCUCGCUUACUGGUGGACCUUUUGAGGCCGAUGUCUGAGCGCUCCAUUAGUUAUAUCGAUUGUGUUGCUCAGGCCUUCUGCACUCACUUGUAUGCGACCACUUCUCACACUGUACUGAUGAUUAUGGCGUUUGAUAGAUAUGUUGCUAUAUGUAAUCCGCUGCAAUACACAACUAUCAUGACUCCUGGAAUGGUGGCUAAACUGACUGCAGGAGCCUGGGGGAUGGCAACAUUGCUUGUGGGUAUUUUAUUAGGGCUCACAAUCAGGCUGAAUCGCUGUGGAACAUUAAUAACAAACCCAUUCUGUGAUAACGCAUCACUGUUUAAACUGUCGUGUGAGAAUCCCUAUAUUAAUAAUGUUUAUGGUCUAACCUACACAGUGGUUCUUCUCGUCUCAUCCAUUGGAAGUAUUGUACUCACUUAUGGAAAAAUAUCAGCAGUCUGUAUUACUAGUAAAAGUAAGUCUACAAAUAACAAGGCUCUGAAAACCUGCAGCACACACUUGGCCCUCUAUUUGAUCAUGCUGCUGUCUGGCCUGCUCAUCAUCGUCCUGCAUCGUUUCCCUGCUUAUUCAGACUAUAGAAAACUGUCUGCCCUGCUCUUCCACAUUGUCCCAGGCUUCCUGAACCCUGUUAUAUAUGCACUGCAGUCUAGCGAGAUCAGGCAUGUCAUGAUUAAAAUAAUUCAUUCAAAGAAAGUCAUGCCAUGACACUGUUUGUGUACAUUUCGACUCAUGAUUUAAUGAUUAUAUGAUUAUAUGGAUCAUACUAGUUCUAGUAUUAGAACUGUUGCAUUUGCUUAUUUUCUCCAUGUCCCAUAUUGUCUUAUUUAAUUACUGUAUAACCAGUAACAUAUUUUUAUAUUGUCUGAUCACAAUAAAUGUACAUACAUGUUUCAGCAUUGUAAUGUAAACACAGCCUU